AUGGAUAUCCACCGUUGUCGUUUCGUUUCAUACAACCCACAGGCAAUCAACGCGCUUGCAUUCUCGCACCCCCCUUCGGCGGACUUGGCUGGACGUGGAAUCCCGACCCUCCGACUAGCGAUCGGCCGUGCAAAUGGCGAUAUUGAAAUAUGGAACCCGAUGCGCGGCGCCUGGUUCCAGGAGACCGUGAUGCGUGGAGGUAAAGACCGCAGCAUCGAAGGACUUGCAUGGACCAUGGACCCUCAGGAAGACGGACCUGAAAAUGUCAAAUUGCCAGGCAAGCUGCGUCUGUUCAGCAUUGGAUACUCUGCUGCUGUGACCGAGUGGGAUCUUGAGAAUGGACGCCCACUGCGUCACUCCAGUGGAAACUACGGAGAGAUCUGGUGUCUUGCCGCGCAGCCGCGCUGGCAGGCACCCAAGGGCAAGACUGGGCCCGCCGAGGGCGAAUACACUGGCCAGCACCUUGCUGCAGGAUGUGCAGAUGGCUCCAUUGUGAUUCUGUCUACUGCUGACAAUGACCUCAAGUUCCAACGAUUGAUGCGCCCUUCAACGAAAAGAGCGCGGGUCUUGAGCGUUACCUUCCAGAACCGCCAUACUAUCGUCGCUGGAUACGCCGAUAGUUCUAUUCGUCUAUUUGAUAUUCGCACCGGCUCGCAGCUUCGAACAAUCUCACUGGGCAAGGGCCCUACUGGUGGGCCUAAGGAAUUGCUUGUCUGGUCAGUCAAGUGUCUCCCAGACGGCACCAUCGUCUCCGGUGACUCGGCCGGUGAAAUUCGCUUCUGGGAUGCAAAGAACUACUCGCUCGUUCAGCGGAUACAGGGUCAUCUUGCCGACACACUCGAUGUAGCAGUCAGCUCUAACGGAGACACCGUUAUCAGUGGAGGUGCCGACCAGCGGACGGUCGUCUACCGCAAGAAGGACGGCGAGAAGGGCGACAAGAAGGGUCGCUGGGCUGAAAUUAUGCAUCGCCGCUACCACACUCAUGAUGUCAAGACAUUUGCCGUCUACGAGACAAAAGAUAUCAGUAUCGCCGUGUCUGGAGGCCCCGAUGCGACACCUAUCGUCUUGCCGUUGCGUGAAUUUGGAAAAGAACAUCACCGCAAGCUCUCCAGCCUACCACAGAUUCCCCAGCUUACCUCCGCACCGGCGGCCCGUCUGGUUAUGAGCUUCUGGGACCGAGAAGUGAGCCUCUGGCGUGUAUCUCGAGGCCCUGCAUCACAGAAUGAGAACAUUGACGGCCAAAGGCACAGACUCGUUGGCAAGGUCUUGAUUCAAGGAGAAGAAAACAUCUCAUCCGCGAUGCUAUCUUCUGACGGCAAGACCCUCGCUGUCGCAACCGUUGGUGAAGUCAAGCUGUUCUCUCUUCGUCGGCGAAAGGGCGAUGAGAAGGGCGCACUUCGCAUCCAGAAGAUCGAAGUCCCCAGCGCACUUUCCAACGAGGGCGCCCGCCUUGUAACUAUUUCCCCCGACGGCCGGUGGUUGUCUGUCGUCCGUCCCAACAGCGAUAUCUACAUGGCACGAAUCCAGCCCAGCUCUACAUCUGCCGAAAAGACUCAGGUGGUUCCACAUUUCGCAAAGAUCAAGAGAGCUACGCGCCACGUACGACACGAGAAGGCAUCUCACGGUUCAUUGGGCGACUACGAGAGGACGAUACGCUCAAUUGUGUUCUCUGAUGACAGCCAACUUCUGGCAACCGGUGAUAUCUCUGGCUGCGUAGACACUUGGACAUUGAGCACGGCGAAGGACUCAACUAACGGUACUAUCAAGGCCAACAAGUCCUCCGAGUCCGAUGAUGAUUCUUCCGACGACGAAGAUGAAGAUGUUGAGAUUGAAGGAGAACGUUGGUCUACUGCCGCUGCCGAAUCACCAAUUCCCCGCAUGAAGUCCGGUGUCACUUUGAUGUCCUUCCGCCCUAAAGCCGCCCCCACACAGCAGGCCUUGACCAAUGGCACACAUCAGGCUGGUCAAGAUAAACUCAUGGUGCUCACGAGUGAGCAUCAGCUCGUCGAGUUCAACGCUCGGGAUGGCACUUUGUCAGAGUGGUCCCGACGCAACCCCAAGGCAUAUCUUCCCGCGGAGUUCCGUGGUGUCAAAGACCGAGCCAUGGGUUGUAUGUGGGAUCUCUUCGAGGGCCGGGAGCGUCUCUGGCUCUACGGAGCGUCAUGGCUGUGGAUGUUCGAUCUGCUCCAAGACUUCCCCUCCCCCGACCAAGUUGAAGCUGGCGGCGCCAGCACCGAAGAGGGCAAGACAGCAGUCCAGCUUGCCAAGGCAGCCAAGCGCAAGCGUGAGGCACUUGAAGACGACGAGGAAGAGCGGAGGAAACACAACACGGGUGCUGGUGAUCGGAUUCAACAGUCCAAGAUGGACGUUCAUUUCGGUACCAAGGUCCGCAAGAUCGUCGGCAGCGACGAGUCACAAGGGGAGUGGGUUGCCCUUGACAAGGAACGUACCCGUGUUCCGGGCGAGGACGACGACGCCUACGAGUACGACGAUGCCUUUGCUGCCACCAACGAGACCACCUUGGCUCGUCUACGACGCGGGGAUGGCGCUGCACCCGAGACUUCCACCCCACAGAAAGGAUCACGGAAGGGAGCCGACAAGACACCAAAGAAGCAGCUGGAUGGACCCAAUGGCGUCUCGGCUCAGCCUGCACGCCGGUGGUGGCACACCUACAAGUACCGUGACAUUCUCGGUAUUGCGCCUCUCAACACCUUGUCGGGCGACGGUUCCGACGACCAGGGCCCCAUGGGUAAUCUGGAAGUCGCGGUUGUGGAACGUCCUAUGUGGGAUGUUGAGCUGCCUGGUCGUUAUGUUAAGGACUACGAGUGA